AUGCUGGCCAUUCGAGCUCUCCGAACUCCCGCCUCCAGGCAAGCCCUGCGCGCUGCUACUCCCCGCGCCGCCAUCUUCUACAACCGAUGCUACUCAACCUCUGGCGAACGAGUCGCCAAGUACAACGGUACCAAGGAUGCUAAUGGCAACUUCCUGGUCAGCCUGAUCGAGGGUGACGGUAUUGGCCCCGAGAUCUCUCAGUCCGUCAAGGACAUCUUCGCCGCCGCCAAGACCCCCAUUGCUUGGGAGCCUGUCGACGUUACCCCCAUUAUCAAGGACGGCAAGACUGCCAUCCCCGAUGCUGCCAUUGAGAACAUUCAGAAGAACAAGAUCGCCCUCAAGGGUCCCCUCGCUACCCCUGUUGGCAAGGGACAUGUCUCUCUGAACCUUACUCUCCGACGAACAUUUAACCUCUUCGCUAAUUUGCGACCCUGCCGAUCCGUCGCUGGCUACGAGACCCCUUAUGACAAUGUCGACACCGUCCUGAUCCGAGAGAACACUGAGGGUGAAUACUCUGGUAUUGAGCAUGUUGUCGUCGAUGGCGUCGUUCAGAGCAUCAAGCUUAUUACCCGUGAGGCUUCCGAGCGUGUCCUGCGAUUCGCCUUCCAGCACGCCGAGUCCAUUGGCCGCAAGAAGGUCCGCGUUGUCCACAAGGCUACCAUCAUGAAGCUCUCAGAUGGUCUCUUCCUUAAGGUUGCUCAGGAGGUUGCUAAGGACUUCCCCGGUAUUGAAUUCGACGCUGAGCUCCUCGACAACAGCUGCCUCAAGAUGGUCACUGACCCCACUCCUUACAACGACAAGGUCCUUGUCAUGCCUAACCUCUACGGUGACAUUCUGUCCGAUAUGUGUGCCGGUCUCAUCGGUGGUCUUGGUCUUACCCCUUCCGGAAACAUUGGUGAUGAGUGCUCCAUCUUCGAGGCUGUCCACGGUUCCGCUCCCGAUAUUGCUGGCAAGAACCUUGCCAACCCUACUGCCCUCCUCCUCAGUUCCAUCAUGAUGCUGCGACACAUGGGUCUCACCGAGCACGCUUCCCGCAUUGAAACCGCUAUCUUCGAUACUCUUGCCGAAGGCAAGGCUCUCACUGGUGACCUUGGCGGCAAGGCCAAGACCAAUGAAUACGCCGCUGCCAUCAUUUCCAGGCUGUAA